AUAAACGCGUACAUGAGCUGUCAAUUUCUUAAGCUGAUAGAAAAUGCUGCCUGGCUCUGCAAGCCACGGGCUGGUUUCUAGUUUUUCACCGGGAGGGGACCAGUUCGCUCUUUCUGGGCCCGAUGGACGCAUUCGUGUGUAUGAGACAGGCUCUGGGCGGCUCUUGGUGUCGCUAGGAGGGCCGUCAGAUACGGCGAAAGCAAAUGGAGGGCCAGCUGCAAACGGGCAUUUGGUGGAGAAUAACACAUGCAUCGCCUGGGUUGUCACCAAGGAGAAAGGGAAGAAGAAGCAGGCCGUCGGUGUGCGCGGUGUCGCAGUUGGGACGGCCGCCGGCGACGUGAAGUUCUAUGACGUGCAGCUAGGCGAGCUUAAAUGGAAGGCAGUGGACGCUGUCCAAGGGGGCGUCAAAUCGCUGGUUUUCUCGGCCGGUCAGGGCGUUAUCCUUGCAACUGGAGCCAACUGCUCGCUGGUGUCGGUCGGCGUGGAGGAUGGCGCGGUGAAGAAGCGGUUCGAGGCGAGCAAGUACCCGAUUACGGCCAUCGCCCUGGCGCCAGAUGGCAAGCACGUCUUCGGGGGCGGUUCCACCAUGCAGCUUUGGGACGUGACCUCGGAGGAGCGGGCGGCCAAGUACACUGGGCACCCGACCGAAGUGCGCGCCGUGGCCUUUGUGCCGGGUCAGCCGCACGCCAUCUCCGCGGCGACAGGCGAGCGGCACGUGGCGGUGUGGGACGUGCCGCCCGCCAAGAAGUCCAAAAAGCAGCACCCGGCCGUCACCACGCUCAGCCUGGAGGAGCCGGCGGUGGCCGUGGACGCGGCGUGCGUGUCGGAGGGGGAAACGUUCAGCGUGGGCGCGGUGUCGGAGGGCGGCGAGGCAUACGUGUGGGUUUGCCACCGCGACUCGGCGGGCGGCGGCGACGCGGAUGGUGGGGACGCUACAGGCGGGAGCCGGGCCAGCCUGGCGUGUCAGCUGGUGAUGCGGCUGCGGGUGGGCGACGGCAGCGCCGCCAAGGGGUCACAUGCGGGCAAGGAUGAAGAGAUUCUAGGAGUGCAAUUCCAACCAGGGCCUUCCGGUCCGUCGCUGCUGGUCGCGCGGGGGACGUCGGCGAAGCCCGCGUUUGAGACACUGGCCGUGCCCUUAGAAGCGGGCGCCGACGUUGUGGUGUCCCUCCGCCCCGUCGGCGGCGUGCUGCUGCAGGCCAACCAGAAGGGCGCGGCGGCGGCGGCGUCCGCGCCCGGCGCGCAGGACAAGUCUGUGCAGCCGCGGCCAAAGCAGGCGCCCACCAGCGGCGCGAGCGUGACGCUGCUGGGCACUGACAACAUCGGCGCGCCGGUGCUGUCUCGCGCGGCAGCGGAGGCGGCGGCUGCCUCGGGCCGGAAACGCGGCGCCGAGGACGACGAGGACAUGAGCACAGCAGCAGCAGCGGGAGUGGAGGAGGAGGAGGUGCCGGACCUGCCGGAGGGCGACGUGCCGCUCGGGGAGCGCGUGGCGGCGCUGGAGGCGCGGUCACUGGGGACGGCGGGCGCUGCGGCGGAGGAGGCGGGCACCAGCGGCGCCGCCGGCGCGGCGUCGUCCAUGCCUGGCGGCAGCGCCAAGGCGGACUCGCUGUCGGUGCUGCUGACGCAGGCCAUCCGCAGCAACGACCGCGCGCUGCUGGAGCGCUGCCUGGCCACCAGCAGCACCACCGUCAUCGCCAACACCGUGGCGCGCAUCGUGCCCAUGGACGCGGCGCUGUUCCUCAAAGCUGCCGUGGACCGGCUCGUGUCCAAGCCCAACCGCGCGGUGCAGCUGGUGCCCUGGAUCCGGGCCGUGCUGCACCACCACACCGCCUACCUCAUGUCGGCGCCCGGCGUGCAGCCGGCGCUCACCAGCCUGUUCCAGGCCAUUGACUCGCGCGUGCGGCUGCACGACCCGCUGCUGCGCCUGUACGGGCGGCUGGGGCUUGUGCUACACCACACGCGGACGGACAAGGCGGCAGCGGGGCCGGAGCGGCCAGGGCCAGAGGUGGAGUACGUGGACGACCUGGAGGAGGAGCCCGCGGCCGAGGACCCCUUCGCGCCCGCACCCGUGUCAGAUGACGAGGAUGACGAGGACGAUGAGGACGAGUCGGGGUCGGAGGACGAGGACGGCGAGGCCAAGUUCGAUGCCAUGCUGGCGGACGGACCGCAGGGCAGCGAUGACGACGAAGACCUGGACAGCUUCCUUGAUGACGAUGACUGAGUUCGUUGGUUAGCGUGGCAAGCAAUUGGCGGGGUGGACCUAGGUCAUGGGCUUUGCAGGUAUGCAGGGAAGAUGCAUGUGCGUUGGGAUGUUACCAAUCCAGCUUCCGGUCCCGGCUGUCCCAAGCUCCAGGGCAAGAUUGGGGCAGGGUCGGCAGGUUCCGGCAGUCCUGGCGUGAUGGCGUGCGCGAGGGAGCAUGCUAGUGUGGAACAGGACGGAAGAAAGGGGCAGAAAUCUGCCUCGUUGGCCGUGCGGUAGAGUGACAAAAUGUGUCUGGAUGCAGAAUUCAUGUAAGACAGUCUGCAAGCGUGGUCUGCAAGUCAUAGGUUCAUUCAAAAUGGUGCUAAAUCUAAGCUGGAGCACGGCACUGCCUUCCCAGGUGAAGGAGGCUUCUCGGCCUGUACUGGGGCCUUGACAACCUGCUAAACAAUGCCAUUGCAAACGAGGGCGGUCAGCCGUACCCACAGACCGGGACGAUCUCGACAAGGUA